GCUGUAGGAAAGACUGAAAGGAAGAUGGCGGAGAAUUAAGUUCAGCGGCUCCGGCGGUUUUACAGUGAAACAAUUCGAGGUUUCUUUAAUUUUCAGAUAAACGGAUAAAGAUCGGAGUAGACGGCGGCUCCCCGCGGGGAAGUGAUCAACAGGCGCCAUGUCACAGGAUAAGAGUGGAUACGUCCCGUUCGUGGACAGCGGCUCUCCUUCUCCACCUCAGGCCCCGGGGUACGGGCAGCCCAACCCCGCCGGAUUUGUCCUGCCCCCUCCGGAUUACAACGGGAUGCCCGGAGUCCCGGGAAUGGCCGGAGUCCCGGGACCGGCCGGCGUCCCGGGACCACCCGGAGCGCCCGGCGGUCUUCCCUUUCCUACUCCGGGAGCCUUCAUGCAUCCCAUGUACGGUCAGGGCGGACCCGGAUAUCCCCCCGCCCCCUUUCCACACAUGACUCCGUACAACCCAGCAGCUCCCAGCCCAGCUCCGAAUCCCGCUCCGUACCAGUACAAUCCAGACACGUCCAACAAUUUCUACCAAGGGGACGAGCCACCUCCUCCGGUCUACAACAACGAGGAGAUCACCAUCUCAGGGUUCGAUGAUAAAGCAGUGAGACGAGCGUUCAUACGCAAGGUCUUCCUGGUUCUCACCGUGCAGCUGGUCGCCACCUUCUCGGUCGUCGCUCUGUUCACGUUCGAGCAAAACAUCAAGACGUUUGUAAGGCGGAACAGCUGGACCUACUACGUGUCCUACAUCAUCUUCCUCGUCCCGCUCAUCGCCAUCAGCUGCUGCGGAGAGUUCCGCCGCAAACACCCAUGGAACCUGAUCGCCUUGUCGGUGUUGACCCUGAGCAUGUCGUACAUGACGGGCGUGAUCGCCAGCUUCUACGACACGGACGCCGUCAUCAUGGCCGUCGGUAUCACCGUGGUGGUCUGCUUCACGGUCGUCAUCUUCUCCCUGCAGAGCAAAUACGACUUCACUUCCUGUGCCGGAGUCCUGUUCGUCUGCGUGAUCGUCCUCUUCAUCUUCGGGAUCCUCUGCAUCUUCAUCCGUAAUAAAAUCCUGCACAUCGUGUACGCCUCGCUGGGCGCGCUCGUCUUCACCUGCUUCUUGGCCGUGGACACGCAGCUGCUCCUGGGGAACAAGAAACUCUCCCUGAGUCCCGAGGAGUAUGUGUUCGGAGCGCUGAACCUCUACCUGGACAUCAUCAACAUCUUCCUGUACAUCCUCCAGAUCGUCGGCCGGAGCCGCAACUGACACGCCGUGGCGAGCUAAUCGACGCGGACGACAUCUUGUUUCUAUUAUCUUUAGAGCUAGUGUGUUUUAUCAACACUCGUGUAAAAGAAUUUAAAUGUGAACCAGCAUCUUCUUCUUCUUCUUAGAAUUUUGUUAUUGUUAUCAUUAUUAGUUAUUAUUAUUAUGAUUAUUAUCAUGAUUAGUAGACGUUUACUCCACACACACACUCAGUUCACUUUAGCUAAUGUGUAUAAGAAAACACAUGUAUAUAAAGAGACUCUGGUUUCUCGCAGCGCACUAAACACACCCCGUUUCCCGCCACACUUAACGUGCUGCUCUCUACACGUCAGAGUCUCAGUUUACUUCUGUUCUGUUGUGAUGUGACUACUGCGCUUGCUGUAUAAACCCUUUAAAAACUCAGCGUAGAGAUAGCCGUAGUGUGUAUCGAUGUAUUAAUGAACACUUAACCAUCUGUUUGUUUUUGGUUUUCCUUUUUUUCUUUCUUUCUUUUGAACAUUUAGUUACUGAUUCAUUGUUCACUGCUGUAUUUCCGAACAAGUACAAUCUGUAUUUUUCCAUAACUGUAUGUCUGAAAAAAAAAUGGAAAAGAUGUGGAAUAAAAGUAUUUUUUUUCCUCCACUCA